AAAUAACUAAAUAAAGAUGACAAGUAACAGAUGUAUAAACAUAUAAGUUAUAUUAUGAAACGUAAUAAGGAAAUUGUUCAAGGAAAGUUAAGUGUAACAGUCGAAGUCACUUCGAUAUACAACUGUUAAGUUACAGAUGAAGUCGUCGGCACUAAUAAAGAUUGCAUUUGGAAUUUUUCUUUUGUUUCAAUGCAUGCAAAAAGCACACAAUUCUCCCAUCUUAGGGAAAGUUUCGGGCAAAGUAUUAAAAGUUGGGGAUAAAUAUGUUCAUGCUUACUUAGGUAUACCAUACGCAACUCCUCCAGUUGGAAAUUUAAGAUUUCAGGAACCUCGACAAGUGAGAGCUUGGAAUUCUGUUUAUAAUGCAACACGGAAACCACCCGCGUGCACACAAGAUUUCUUCUAUCCCUUUGAAGAAUGGCCGAGACGUGAUCCAAAAGACAUUAGCGAAGACUGUCUUCGGAUCAAUUUGUGGGUUCCAGCGUCUAAGCCGUAUUGUGAACCAUUUGCUACCAUGGUUUGGAUUUACGGUGGUGCAUUUUUUAGUGGCAGCUCAAAUGUGGAUAUUUAUGAUGGCUCGAUUUUGGCAGCGGUGGGAAAUGUUAUCGUUGUCUCAUUCAAUUACCGUGUUGGAGCAUUUGGUUAUGCAAAUUUCGAUCAGGAAGGCGCGGGUAGAAAUAUGGGAAUGUUGGAUCAAGUGAUGGCGUUAAAAUGGGUUCAUCGAAAUAUAGAAAAUUUCGGUGGUGAUAAAGAUUUGAUAACGAUAUUUGGUGAAAGUGCAGGAUCCAUGUCAGUUGGGCAUCAUCUAAUCUCACCAAUGACAAAGGGGUUAUUCAAGCGAGCAAUCAUGCAAAGUGGUAGCAAUUAUCACGACAAGUUUAUAGUAGAACCUAAAAAGAACAUAGAACUGACUCUCAAAUUCGCUAAAGAAUUAGGUUGUACUGGGAUCAACGUGUUAAACUGCAUGAAGGAUGUAGACCCUUUUGAUAUUGCAGCCAUCGAAAAGAAAUAUGUACUAAACACACAGAGAGGUGCAAGUUUCGUUCCAGAAAAAGGACCUCCAUAUCUUCCCGAGGAUCCAUUUCAUAAUAUUGAUGUUGGCAAAUUUCACGACGUAGAUGUUUUGAUAGGAGAAAAUAAGGACGAAGGUUCAUUUACUACAUUUCUAUUUAAGCCAGAGGUAUUGAAUGAAGAGAAUCCCGUUAUGUCAAAAUCGGAAGUUAAAUCAUUUUUAGGUAAAUUCUACGAUAUAAAUGGUGAACGUCUCGAUCGCAUUGUUGAAGAAUAUUUAGGAAACGUAUCCGAAGAAGAUUCUUCCUUUACUAACCUGAAACAGUUCACGAAAGCUAUAGGAGACGGAACAUUUUCUUGUCCUAUAUUGCAUCUGACAGAGAAACUGUCGAGAUUCAACAGGAAAGUCUUCCAUUACACCUUCAAUCACACUCGAAUUAAAUCGGGAACGAAGAAAUGGGUAGGAGUAACUCAUUUUGAAGAUGUUUACUUCGUGUUUGGAAUGCCUUUCGUAAGAAAGGACGACUUUACUUCAGAAGAAUUACAAUUUAGCAAGAAAAUAAUUGAACUGUGGACUUCUUUCGCCAAAACAGGGAAACCUUGUUACAACGGAAUGGAAUUCGAAUGGAAGACAUUUGACGAGGAAGAAAGAAACAGUCUGUCGUUAACUCUAGGAAACUUUCAUCUGGGAAAAGCAACAAAUGAAAAGUGCAGAUUUUGGCAGAAAUUCUAUGAAUAUAACUAAUUUUGAAGAAAAAUAAUUAACGUUGAACGUGGCUAUUCACUUAAAUUAAUCAAGUAAACACGGGGCAUGACAGAAGGUAUCACAUUUGGUUAAUUAAUACGUAAUGGAGACGGGGUAUUUCAUGUAGCAAUGGGUUUAAAUAGU